AUGCCGCGCGAUAAUAUUCCUAAACAAUCACUUAGAAAACUUGAACAAUUUUUUACAAAAACAUUGGAUACAAAUAAUGAUGGUUUGGUUAAUUGGACAGAUUUUGAAGCGGCUAUUGAGUCUAUUGUACCCAAAGAAGAUGCCGUACGUAAUGCUCGUUUGAAAGUUUUACGUAAAAGAUUAGAACAACAUUUUCAAAAAUAUUUUUGGGAUUUAUGUGCAGUAGGUGAUGCAAAUAAAGAUGGAAAUAUUGAUUUAGAGGAAUGGCUCGAUGUAAUGAAUGAUAUUAUUCGCGGUUUAAAAGAUAAAAAUGAAUUUCCCGAAUGGUAUGAAGGUCUUCACAAAGCAUUAUAUAGAGCAACAGAGUUCUUAGAUGAACGUUCAGCAACAAAAGAUGAAUUUGCCAGUAUGCUCAUAUCAUGGGAUAUUGAUGAAGCUGCUGCUGAAAAAGCCUACGAUUUUAUUACUGAUCAUGGCAAGAAACCAAUGGAUUAUAAUUUGUUUUCUGAAUUUAUGAAAAAAUUCUUCUUAAAUGAAAUUCCCAAUCAUCCACUCAAUCUUGGCUUAGAUAAAUAA